GACGCAUGUUCCUCUCCAACCACCAACACAUCGAGGACCGGAGUCUGGAGAAAUGAUACAGCUAUGCCGUGCGGAGGAUGGACAAGUCGCUGACCUCGCGGGCUCAGUAUGGGACCUGGAGAGGGAGGUCAAUUUGGAGCGACUACUUGAAGAGAAGGCGGGUAUUCAUCAAGGCGAUGGGCUUGCGUACCUUGCGGACGGGAGACGACUAACUAAGGAUAAUGUGCGAGACAUUGCUGGAGUUGAGGACCAGAUGAUCUAUGUAUUCAACAAACGCUACCUGGACCUAGACGUGAACGAGGUGCUGGCCGAACUGCGAGAGGAGCCGUGCAUGCAACCACCAGUGGAAGAUGAACUCUCUUCCACUCCACCAUUCCGAAUAUCCCAACUCGCCAGUUCAUACGAGCACGCUGCGCAACAGCAUCAUGAGCAUGUCCAACGCACUCUCACAUCCUUGCACUACCAACAUUCCGCCCUGCGCAUCGCAUCAAGCGUGCUCGACCUGCAUGUACUUGCCAUGGCAGAUGUUUUCGAAGGCGUGUCUUCCGCGGCACAGCGCGAGACCGACAAACAGGCAGCACUCCUCGGCGGUCUGGACGCGGACCUGGAGAUCGUCACACGCGUGCAUGUGCACAAGGAGUUCAUGAGCACUGCAAUGCGGAAGGCGAUGGAUGUCGGUGAACGCGGUCGGACUCUGGGAGACUACGUGAGCAGAGUCAAGAUGCGGCAGGUUGCAGACAGUUGUAUGAGAACCCACGAUGAGCUGAAGGAACGGUUCCGCCAGUCGCAAGAGGUCAUGUCGAGGCUCAAUGACGGAGCACACGAGGUCCGGGAGUUUGUCAAUUCCCAAAGCCCACUAGAAGAAGCAGAAGCGUGCGCGAAGAGGGCCCAAGAGGCUUUUGAUUGCAUUGCGGAGUACCAUGCCACACAGCAAAUACCUAGUUCGCAGUUCGAGAAGGUUGUGCACGAUCUUCGUCAUUGGGACGGGGCGCUUCGUGAUCAAGUGGAGACCAUGACAGCUUUCAAAAACACACACACCGAGGGCUGCAUCUUGGUCUUGAGGCAGAUCAGCGCAUUGAACCAUGAUUUAAUCGAACUGCGGCAGCUAUUGACCCUGCUUCAGGGUGGUCUCAAAGCAAAGACAAGUUUCUCGCACAUACAGCGGCUUCACAAUAUGCUGUAUGCGUACGGUGCAACAGUCAUCGAGAUUGUCAGGAGGAAGGAAUUCGCGCGUUUCUUCUAUCAACGUGCUCAGAGCAUCCUCGAGGUCAUGGCCAAGCUCUCAGCAAGCGAACGGAAGCGAAGACAACUCUACCGCGGAGACGUGCACGGUCAAUUGCCAUUCGAGACGCGGGGCAUGGAUGACCCUGUCCCUACCAUCGAUUUCUCUCCCACCGGUCCGCUCGAAUCGCCCUAUCCACUGGAACGUCCAGACAUCGACGCUCUUCUGCAUGUGCUGGAUGACUUGGAACACUUCGCGGAAGCUUCACAGGACCCGGCCGCGAUGAGCUCCGUGCGAGAAUCCCGUGCAGGUUUAGACAGGCUGAUUGGCAAGAUGGAUAGUCUUGAGUCUGGCUUUGAUCGUAUCGCGGAACGGUCGUCCACCGAAGAAGACAUCGACCUCGAAAUUCAAGUGCAAGAGCUACGUGAAGCUCAAGCUCAACGCGAAGUCUCAUUCGAGAACGAGCGUCUGGUCCUGGAGCGAGAAGUCGCCGAGCUACGAUCCACGUUACAGGUCGAGUCCGCCGCGCGCGAUCAGCUCGAACGGGACCUCCAUUCUGCGAAGGCCCAGCUGGAGAGUGAAGCUACGUCCAGGCGCAUCCUUGAAGAGCGCAAUACCGAACUCUCGUCCGAUACUGACCGACACCGCGAUGCGCUCUCUCGGGCCUUGUCGGAGGCUACUGACCAAACCAAAGUAGCCGAGAUUGCGCGACAGGAGCUUGCCCAGGUACGGGCAGAGUUCAAACACGUCAAGGCCAUCGAGAAGCAAAACUCCGACAGACUAAACAAGCUCCUGGAGGAGCAGGCGUCUUCGCUGAGGAGGCUAGAAGAGGCGCGUGCCCGCGGAGAGGACCUAGAGGCGCAGAUUAGGGAGGCGCGCGCUGAGAGCGACGAGGUCAAGCGCUCUCUGUCUGAGGCAGCACGGGAGAAGGAGCGACUCCUGCGCGUCCAGGCGACCGAGCAUGACCGUGUCAUACGUGACCACAUCGCUGAGGCUGAUGGGGACCGGGCCGUCCUCGAGCACCAGUUCUCUGAACUAAAGGCGGCACUGGAGGACACGCAGCGACAAUUGAAGGAUGCACGCGCCCAGGUGGAGAUGGCACAGGCCGAUACCGCUGGCUUGCGUGAAGAGCUUCAGUGCAUCGAGCAUACGCUGCGGGAGGCGCAGCAUAUCGAGCACGUUCUGCGCGAGGACCUGAGGGUCGGCAGGGUAUCACAGUCGGAUUAUGAACAGCGGCUUGAGAACAGCAACCGUCUGGUGGCUCAGCUGCUUGACGUUGCGCUUGCCUUCCGCGAGUCUCAUCUCAAGGCACUCGCGGCUGCUCAGGUCAUGGCUUCUCAUCCAGCAGCGAAGGCGAACAACGCGGCUCUCACUGACUCCGCUAUCAUCCCCGGGCAGCAUAGUGUCCUCAGUCAUCUUCACGUGGAGCCGUCGCCCAUCGACCCCUCUGACCCUGCUACUGCACUUGAAGCUCUGCGCGCAUUCGACCACGACCAUUUCCUGGAGGCAAUCAACAAGGCAGGAUCGACCAUACGGAAAUGGCAGAAGCAAUGCAAAGAGUACAGGGAGCGGGCGAAGGGGAAGAUUUCGUUCAGGAAUUUUGCCAAGGGUGACCUUGCACUGUUCCUUCCGACGCGGAAUUCGGUGUCAAAGCCCUGGGCCGCAUUCAAUGUCUCUUUCCCGCAUUAUUUCCUCCAGGCUACGGGGCACCUCGCUGAGCAGCUCAAGACCAGGGAGUGGAUCGUCGCGAGGAUCACAUCCAUCACGGAACGUGUUGUCGAUCACAAGGAUCCGAGUACGAAUCCAUAUGGCCUCGGCGAUGGCGUCAAGUAUUACAUGCUGGAGGUGGAGGAUUGGACGCAACCAGCCUAUCCAGCGAAGCGGCGAGACACGGCGAGACACGGCUCCGCCGAGGUCAAGGAGUCGACGAGCCCCCCUCCGCCGAGUCCGCCAUUACAGGAAGCCAGCCCCCUCCCCGUCCCAGCCGGUCCUCCGGAGAACGAGGUUGAGGACUCAUUUAGUGCCACGCGGCCGCCGAACUCACGGCUGUUCCCAGUCCGCCCGCGUGUCAACUCCUCUCCGACUGCAGGACCAUCCUCCCUCUCUCGUCUGCUUGCUCAAGCGCAGCCGCCGGAAUUGUCACUCGAACGGAAGGAGAGUCCCCCUGCAGAGCAGAAACUCCCUACGGAGGGAAGGUCGUCACCUGUAGCAUCACCGCAACCGCCGCCGUCCCCAACCCCUACUGGGUCCGUGCCUCGAAGCUCCAUUGGACAGCGCCCGUCAUCGCUGCGCCCAGGUUCCAGGGCGUCGAGAGCAGUCGCGACCACCGCUAUAUCUGAGCAAGCCGCGUCACCUUUGUCUGACGUUUCCGGUACGCUGAGUGCCGCUCGCCCAGACUCUGUCACUCCUUCCCCAGAGGGCUCGCCUACCGAUGGUGUUGCGAGCUUGAUGGCUCAUCGGCGGAGGACGAAGUCUUACCAUGUCCCGCGGCCCUCGAGCAGCGCUGCUGCACCUCCCACUGUAAGUGCUUCACCGCUGUUUGGACCCUCCGUGGGCGUUACCGCUGGCUCUGCCGCUGGCGCGACCGCGCGGAGUACCCUUGCGAGUCUUGCGAGUAGCUGGGGCUUUGGUAGGAAGAAGCGGCCUGAGCUGGUAGCAGAGGAGGAAGUGACUAGCCCAGAUACUCCCGGGCCAAAUCCCAUUAGCCCGAGCCACAUAUGGGAAAACGCGACGCAGCUGAGCUCGUCACCGCCAAGCAUGCCAGGUAAUUUGCACCGGUAGUAGGAAGUGGCAAACUACUUCUGUCUACCACCCUUCGUAGACUCAGGGACGCUCGUUACAUAUCUUUCUGGAUUUACGUCGACAACUUUAGCAUUGCACGAUACACGCUCGUUCAUCCUCUCUAACCAUCUAAUGUGUAUAUCGAAAUGCUUUGGUCAUUGCAGUAGACAAUUGCUUCCCGCAACGGUCGUAGUCUGUGUAGUGAAGUGUGCCUUGCCUGCGAGUCUGAUAAUUGGCGAAAUUACGUCCGCGAAGACGACGAACGACGACCAUCAAUUUCA